UUAGAGAAGGGGAAGCCCACACCUCCCAAUUAGGAACAGAGAAGAAAGAAAGAAAGAAAAUGUCUAAAGGAGAACUGAUGCAUAGCAGUGGAAAGCGGCAGCGAUUUGCAAAAGACGAAGAAGUAAAACGACAAGAAAUGGAAGAAGAAGAUGAUGAUGAUGGUGAGGACGACGAUGGUGUUGAAGAAGAGAGCCAGCUUCCUAUGAAACCAGGUCUAUUAUAUUACCCUACAACUCCGACUUCUUUCGUUGUUUCCGAUGCUUUGGAGCCCGAUUUCCCUAUUAUUUAUGUCAACAAAGUCUUCGAGGUUUUCACCGGUUACCGAGCCGACGAAGUCCUUGGUAGGAACUGUCGGUUCUUACAGUAUAGAGAUCAAUGUGCUCAAAGACGGCACCCUUUGGUAGAUCCUUUUGUUGUUUCUGAGAUCCGAAGAUGUCUUGAAGAAGGUAUUGAAUUCCAAGGUGAGCUUCUGAAUUUCAGGAAGGAUGGCACUCCGUUGGUGAAUAUAUUGAAACUUGCACCUAUACGUGAUGAUGAUGGAAUAGUCACUCACAUUAUUGGUAUUCAAGUGUUUUCCGAAGCAAAACUAGAUCUGAAUCGUGUAUCAUAUCCGGUUUUCAAAGAGACUUGCAAUCAGCAGUUGGAUGAGUCAACUAAAUACUCUCAUUUCAACGAUCCGCCAUUCAGUCAGCAACGAGAAAUAUGUGGGAUACUCCAACUCUCUGAUGAAGUUUUAGCUCAUAACAUUUUAUCUCGGUUGACGCCAAGAGAUGUUGCUUCUAUUGGGUCUGUCUGCCGAAGGAUACGAAAACUGACAAAAAAUGAGCAUGUGCGAAAGAUAGUAUGUCAAAAUGCCUGGGGAAGGGAGGUCACUGGUACGUUGGAAAUGAUGACUAAAAAGUUGGGGUGGGGACGUCUUGCUAGAGAACUGACCACUCUUGAGGCAGUCUGUUGGAGGAAACUGACCGUUGGAGGAGCGGUGGAGCCUUCACGAUGCAACUUUAGUGCAUGUGCAGCAGGGAACCGUCUAGUGCUUUUCGGAGGCGAGGGGGUCAAUAUGCAGCCAAUGGAUGACACCUUUGUUCUCAAUCUUGAUGCUGCAAAUCCAGCGUGGCAGCGGGUAAGUGUGGAAGCCUCCCCUCCAGGGCGUUGGGGUCAUACUCUCUCAUGCCUAAAUGGUUCAUGGUUGGUGGUAUUUGGAGGAUGUGGAAGGCAAGGAUUGCUCAAUGAUGUCUUUGUUCUCGACUUGGAUGCCAAACAACCUACAUGGAAAGAAGUUUCUGGUGGUGCUCCCCCUCUCCCUAGAUCUUGGCAUAGCUCUUGCACGAUAGAUGGUUCUAAGUUGGUUGUGUCUGGUGGGUGCACAGAUGCUGGGGUGCUUCUCAGCGACACUUAUCUUUUGGAUCUUACUACAGACAAGCCAACAUGGAAAGAGAUUCCAACAUCAUGGACACCCCCUUCUAGGCUGGGACAUUCACUUUCCGUUUAUGGUCGUACUAAAAUUCUUAUGUUUGGGGGGCUUGCAAAGAGUGGGAACCUGCGGUUGCGAUCAGGUGAAGCCUACACUAUUGAUUUGGAGGACGAAGAACCACAGUGGCGGCAACUGGAUUGUAGUGCCUUCACCAGUGUUGGUAGCCAAAGUGCUGUGGUACCACCUCCUAGACUCGAUCAUGUUGCUGUAAGCAUGCCUUGUGGGAGGAUAAUUAUAUUCGGUGGUUCCAUUGCCGGGUUGCACUCUCCUUCUCAGCUCUUCCUCUUGGAUCCUUCAGAGGAUAAACCAUCAUGGAGGACUCUCAAUGUUCCUGGGCAACCACCAAAAUUUGCUUGGGGUCAUAGUACCUGUGUCGUCGGAGGGACCAGGGUCCUGCUAUUGGGGGGACACACAGGUGAGGAGUGGAUACUCAACGAGUUGCAUGAGCUGUGCUUAGCAAGCAGGCAGGAUUCAGACUCGUGAUUCACAACCUUGCCCAUCACCAUUAUCUAAAACAACCCUGGAAGAGAAUUUUCGUUAUAUUCGCCAGCCUAGGUCGUUUCUUCCAUAAUGUUAAAUCUUAUUUUUGACUUGUAUUACCUGAUGCGUUGUGUUUUCGUUCGGAUUCUGUCAUUGUAUAUAAAUUACAUUUCAUGGAGUCGCUGUACAAUGUAAAAACAUAAAUCAGCAUUUGUUCACUGUUUGUGACCACGCCGCAAGUUUUAUGACUCAUUUUGAGUUCUCGACUUUUACAUAUCAAAAUGCCUCGGACUUGAUAGU